CGUUGACAACGGACGCUCGGCCUACUCAUUCUCCCAAAAUGGCAGGGAUAAAAUUGACUGUUAUUGGACUCUUACCAAAUGAAACAUUUCACGUUGCCAAAUUCUGCGCAGAGUAUUUGUACCAGAAUAUUCCUACUAAGUUCCAAUCUCCUGAAAUCAAAGGUCUCCUGGAGUUUCAGUGGGAGCAGUAUGUGGAAGAACAAAGAAAAGCCUUGAGAGAUGAGACAUGGGUUUUCAAUGAAAAGGCUAUGACUUACGUUCACACCCAUGGAGAUUGCGCUUUCCUCGGAGGCCCAAAGGCCUUGCAGGAGUGGGCACAGGAGCACUUUGGGUACAGGGAAUGCAAGCCUUUACCUCUCUACAUGGCUCUGGCGGAGGAAGCGUAUAGGGAGCACAUACUUGCCACAAAUCAUACAUUUGUGUACUUUGAUGUGACAGUGGAUGGGGAAAAGGCUGGCAGACUGCUGUUUGAGCUUUAUACAGACCGAUGCCCAAAGACAUGUGAGAACUUCCGAGCGUUGUGCACUGGUGAGGAAGGACAGAAAACAGACGAUACGCUGAUGAAAUACCACUAUCUGGAUACCUUGUUUCAUAGGAUUGUACCGAACGGUUGGAUACAAGGAGGGGAUAUCCUGUAUGGGGCAGGAGAUAAAGGUGAAUCAAUCUAUGGAGAAGUAUUUGAAGAUGAGAAUUUCUCCAUGAAGCAUGAUUCCAGGGGUAUACUAGGGAUGGCCAAUAGAGGGCGACAUACAAAUGGUUCUCAGUUCUACAUCACAUGUCAGCCUGCACCAUGGAUGGACACCAAAUAUGUAGCGUUUGGAAAACUUGUGGAAGGCACUGACGUUCUCAAAACCCUGGAGGCGCAGGAGACGUAUAACGAGAGGCCAAAGAAGGACUGUAAGAUUGCUGCCUGUGGGGUGUUUGUUCCGAAAGAUGAUGAGGCCUUGGCUUAAACCUGGACCCUGUCUUACAAAGAGUUGUGAUUGUUGAAAAUCCAUCCGUACCAUAAUUUUUUCUACAGGAAAUUUGC